AUGUCUGUCUUCAUUCAUCCAAAGGAACUAAAAGAAAACUAUUUUAAGAGGAGAGAAGCCGCCAAAAGGAAGGGGGGGGGGAGGGGGAGCAACAAGAAGAUUAAAAGAGCGAACAAGAGUUGCGAGCAGGAGGCAGCUCCCGGGCAAGAACUGCUAGGAGACAGACAUUACAGUAGGAGAAGCUAUGCUCCUCUAACCCUCUGCGCACUGAAACAGACCUUCCCAGGUAUCCAGAUCCUUCCCCAGUCCCACCUGCCCCCACUCCCCCCCCCCCCCCCCCCCCAGCUCACUUUCUGUAAACUCCUGAGCUCCAAGCUACUAACCGAGAGCGAGCAAGAGAGGCCCGAGUUGGGGGUGGGGGUGGCAGGAGCAGCUGAUCAGUCCUACAAGGAAGAGGGGGCGGAGGCAAAAAAGGGCAGCAGUAGGCGGACGGGGGGGGACGGGGGGGGUAUCUUGAAACUACCCCGGCGGGGCUGGGGGGAGCAGCGGAUAUUCCCGGGUAGGAACGGCGACCGCAGCAGUGCCAGAGGUUGUUUUUUUUUGAGAAGCCAAACUGCUGGCGGCGACCGGAGCGCUGGAAGCCGCAGGAAGGAAGGACACGCGAAGCCCGGGCGGCCGAGCGGGGCGGCCGGCACAAAGGAGGCGGACGCGCCGCGGCCGCGUCUGCCCGCGCCGGCGGAGGCACGGCCCGCGGCCCUGCUGGACCGAAGUCCCGCACUGGCAGCUAGGAAUAAAGUUUACGUUCUCCUGAGACCGCACCCCCCACCUCCCACCCGGGACCGCGCAUCUCCGCGUCCUCCUCCCCCAAACUGCACUCGGGACCCCGAGCACCACCCCAGCCUUCCAGCCAGCACAACAAAGAGACACACCGACCGGCGAGGGUAAACAGCCGCGGCGGGGCGAGCAGGGCGGGCAGGGCGAGCGCUUCGAGAGAAGCGACUCCGGAGCCUAACCCGCUCUCGGGAGCGUACGUUCUCCUUUUCGGUUUCAACCGGCUUUACAAUAUUUGGAAUUUUCAUCUUCACCCGCACCCCUCACACCCGAGGAUUUGAAACUCACCUUUACUUUCGAACUGAGAGUUGCGGUGGAUGGGAUUUUUGCCUUCCCCAGAUGGUUGAAGGUUACGAUUUUUGUUUUUGGAAACCCCACCACCUCCUUAUUUCUGUUAUUAUUUUUGCAAGAAAAGUCUAAAGAGAGUUGGAGUGGAGGUGAGAUUUGUGCUCGGGAAAGCCGUGGACGCCCUCCUUCUCCGUCUUCCGCCUCUCUCUCUCUGAUUAGUUCCUAUCCAGCAGCAGAUUGAAGCAGGAGAUGAUUCUUCUCAAGGUUUGUUCAGCAGCUUCACUUCUAGGCGAAGGCUUCAUGAACCAAGUGACGUCAACCAACAAGGCUUCUCUCUCUCUCCUCUCUCUAACAAUGAAAGUUGCUGUUAACAAGGGAAAAAAGAGAGAGAAUUGUUUAUACCAUUUCGGUUCCAAUAAUAAAUGACCUAUCAGAUCCUAAAGUAGCCAAGGGAGGGAGGGGGUUGCUUCUUCCUCCCAAGAAUCCUGUAGCUUUGAGUUUGCACCGAUCCUUGUCCCAGAAAAAAGUUAAGGAACUCAAACGUUUUGUUUUGCUUUUAAAAGUAGAGAAGAAAGAAAAUAGGAUUGAAAACGUAAUUUAAAAAAAAGUACACUGGCGAAUAGGGAACAUAGAUUAACCAUUUCCACCUAAACUUUAUUGUCUGUAAACUCAGAAUAUGGUUAAAGUCUAAAAGCCAAAUAAUGUAAAAUGCCAAAAAUUCGUGGAUGUUUAGAACUCAAAAUAAAAAGCAGGACGCAAAAUGGUCCCGGGAUAAAACGCUGCUGCCCUAACACGGGCAAGUUAAGCUGCUGUAAUGUUUAUGCAUUGAGUUAAAAUUUAAAUAAAACAGUAAAAUAGUAAAUCGUUUUAAAGUUAUAAGUUAAAACUGUAAAAGGUAACCUCAAUAGUUUUUUCCCCUGAACUUCUGAGGGCAAAAAAAAAGGGGGGAGGAUAGCUAAUUGUAGGAAUUAGAACACUUAAAAAAUCAAGUUAAGACUGGGUAGCCCAUUGCUCCAUUUUUAAAUUACACACACGAGGUAUGCUAUUUGUUUGCCUCCAGAAUUUCUUCCAACUUCUUAUUUUUUACCCUUCCAUUUUCCCCCACCAGUUUCAACAUCCUGAAACCAAUAAACUAAAGGUGAAGUACACCCAAUUCCCUCCUACAGCACACCACCCCGCAGCUUCCUAAAAAUGAUUUUUUUAAAAAAGGCCUUAACCUUGGUAACGCUUUAUUACCCAAGAAGAUAAAUAAUUAAAAUUUUUUUCAUUGA